GCCUUCUUUCCGAGCACCAUUGAACGCACAGCAUGGCGGACCAGAUCAAACGUCUUGAUGUUGGCGAGACAGAAGGUUCUUCAGAUGGCGACAAUGUCCUUCCCCAAGAGCGAUACAACUGGCUUCGUGGUGUCUUCUUCCAGGCCACCGUCGUUGGAUUAUGUGCAUUCGCGGCGCCUGGACUGUGGAAUGCCAUGAGCUCCGUUGGAGCAGGAGGUCAACAAACCCCAUACUUGGUCAUGGCCGGUAAUGCCGUUCUGUUUUCCCUGAUGACCUUCACUUGUCUGACGGGUUCGGUCCUUGCAAAUCAGAUCGGCUUGAAGUACCUUAUGAUCCUCGGUACCACUGGAUACGUACUCUAUUCUGCAGCUCUUUACCAAAACAACCGAUAUGGCACAGUUUGGUUCAUUUAUGUUGGUUCAGCAGCCUGCGGCAUUACAGCCGGUUGGUUCUGGGCUGCCGAGGGUGCCAUUAUGCUGAGCUACCCACCACCUGAAAGCCGGGGGAAGUAUCUAGCUUACUGGCUUGCAUAUCGGAACAGCGGUGCCAUCCUUGGUGGAGCUAUCAAUUUGGGCUUCAAUGCUAGUGGAAAGCGACUUGGAAAGCUGGACUGGAGAACCUAUAUUGUGUUUGUCGUUCUUCAAUGCCUUGGUCCCGCAGUCGCGAUGCUUCUUUCGCCACCCGAGAAGGUGCAAAGAAGGAAUGGUACUAAAGUUAAACUCCUUCCACAUGUACCUGCUGGUGAAGAGAUCAGAGAGACGUUGAAGUUGAUGCUGCGAAAGGAAUUCUUUCUCCUUGUGCCCUACUUCCUUUACGUCACCUGGUCUCUCCCAUAUAUCGGAUCAUACAUGACGACGUACUUCAGCGUCCGCUCCCGAGCACUUGCCUCCCUCGUAACAGCCCUCGCGCAAGUUCUCGCAACAGGAAUCAUGGGUACGUUCCUCGACUGGAAACGGCUUUCCCUCAACAAGCGAGCGAUAUUCGGUUUUCUCGGAAUGAUGACGAUAAGCUGUGGAACGUGGGUCUGGGCUCUCGUCAUCCAGCACAAAUACCAACUCAAUAAACCGGCACUAGACUGGGCGGACUCUGCAUUCGGCGAGGGUUGGGCCUUGUAUGUAUUCCAGCAAGUGGAAUUUGCCUUGACAUAUAACUACGGCUACUGGGUCUUGGGUUUCCUUGCAAAGCGCCCGGCGGAGGUUGUUCGGUAUAGCUCUGUCGCUCGUGGUGUUGAGGCUGCAGGCCAAUGCAUUGCAUCGGGUAUCAGCUCCACAAAGAGCCCAUUGAUCAUCUCUGCCGGACUGAUUAUGGCUUGGUGGGGUAUUGCAUUGAUUCCUGGAUUCCUCGUUGUGAGACAGAUUGGCAUCGAGCACGUGGGAGCCGAGGGCUAUGUGCCAGAGCUGAAGUCAACCGAUAGCAAUGCGGAUGAACAAUCCCAGACUGGAACGAAAGUAUAACAACGCC